AAAGAAAGAAGAUUGUCGUUCUCCGAAACAAAAUGUUUCUCACAGUUAUGUCUUGUAUUUUAUAGUGACAUUUGUUAUUUUACCUAAAUUUUAUAUAAUAUUUUAUGUUUAUGCUGGCGGACGGCACUUAAUGUUUGAUUAUGACGGGCAGCUGCAACGGCGACCCUGAAGUGAAGGAGGAGAAGCGGCUGAACGAUGACCUGUUGCUGUUUAUGCGCAAGCGCAGCGAGACUGAUGCGCCGCGCUAUACCGCCCGCCUUAAGACUUACGUCGACCUGCAACAGAAGCGCAGGCGGGCAGCGGUCGCCCGACGCAACGCAGAACAUGCUGCCGAGAAAGCUGCAUUUAAGAAAAAAGCAGAAUCCGAGCCUAAGGAUAAAAGACCUUCAUCUGCGGAACGGCAGGAGGUCGACGAUGACAAGUCAAGACGUAGCCGCGCGAUGAAGGACAAGCCCUGGGCGGACAGCGGCUCCUUGUCCAGAGAGGAAUCAGACGCCUGCGGCCGCCGACGCAGGAGACGCCGCUCCUGUAGACGUCCUCGCAGACGGAGGCGUUGCCGACGACGCAGUCGACGGCGACGGCGGCGCAGCGUGUGCAGCCGACGCCGACGCCGUCGUCGCCGACGUUCGCGCAGCCGCCGUCGCCGCCGCCGCUGCCGCCGCCGACGUCGACGUCGCUGCCAUUGACGCAGCGCCGCCGCUGACGUCACCGCCGCCGCUGCCGCUGACGUCACAUCAAAGUUAACCCAAUCCAAAUUGAAGCGUGACUGAAUCCAUUGCAAGCUUAACGCGGUUAAAAGUAUUGCACGUGAUCGGCCUUAGGAAAGCUAAAUUCGUUAUCGGUGUGACAGAGAUAGCGAUAUGCUAAUUCAAAUAAGAGUCGAUCAUUCCUUUUCAAGGGUUGAUGUGCAAUAUUUUGUCUCCGCGUCCCGUUCCAAACCACCCGAGCUACAAAAUACUUAUGCCGUUCUAUCGACGCUGCCAGUUUUAUUUUCAAACGUGAUGUUCUUGUUUUGUAUCAUAUUUUGUGAUUUUGUUGAUGUAAUUAUUGUGUUUAAA